GGGAGGGGAGGGACCCAGUGCGCUGAUGGACUGGGAGACAGAUAGUUUCUAAUGCACACUAUCUCCUCACCCCUCUCCAUAUGACCGUCCCUCUCUGGCGGAUGAUGUAAUUGUUUUCUAUGAACCUUGCCUUUCUGAAAGCAGUUAUAUUUUCCAUUUCCAAGUAGCAACUCCAGCACAUAGACUCCACGCAUCUCUCCUGUCUCCUGCGGGACGGGUGGCGAGGGAGGGUUGGGAGAGACGGGCGUUGAAGAUCUAGUGAGGGGUCUCAGCGGGAUAUUGCUGCAUUUCGGUGAUUCCCAACGGUGCAGUCAUGUGGAAAAGAAUUGUGAUUUGCUGCGCGCUGCUUGCGCUCUGUUCAGCAGCACCGCCCGCUCACAUCAACCGUUUGGCGCUGUUCCCUGACAAGAGCGCUUGGUGUGAGGCCAAGAACAUCACACAGAUAGUCGGGCACACCGGCUGCCAGCCUCGCUCUAUCCAAAACAGGGCAUGUCUGGGGCAGUGCUUCAGCUACAGCGUCCCCAACACCUUCCCCCAGUCCACUGAGUCCCUGGUGCACUGUGACUCCUGCAUGCCUGCACAGACUCAGUGGGAGGUGGUGACUUUGGACUGCCCGGGCAGUGAUGAUGCUCCUCGUGUGGAUAAGCUAGUGGAGAGGAUCCUCCACUGCAGCUGCCAGUCAUGCAGUAAGGAGGGAGCCCAGGAGGGGGCACUGAUGCAGCUAUACCCAUCAGAGAGUGCCCAAGACCCCCCUAUCCUACCAGAGAGCCACCACAGUGGCACACACUCUCAGCACGCUCACACACACACAGAGCCACACACACACACAUCUGAUGGAGGGUAAGGUCGCUCGAUCACCGCUGACACUUCCUCUCUCUCCAUUCCUGAUUCUUCUCCCAAACCUCUCCACAAGUUGUUUCUUCUACACACAGUUACAGCACUUGAUGCAUUUCCCUUCUCUUCCAUCCAACCUCUGUUUCUACAUUCAACAGCUUAAAAGCACUUUGAAAGUAAAACUUCACUUCACAUGAUAACUGCUUAUAAAAGCACAUGCAACCAAGCUCCCUCAUGCUGUACUCUUCACAAGACAACCACAGUAUAAGUGAACACAUACAAAGACACAAGCUUAUCUAAACUGUUUUUGUCAUCUGACUUCUCACUUAGGAGGACAACAAAUAUAACAAUCCUACACACAUGCACAUAUGCACCCAGGCAUGCACUCUGACACUAUAGACUUUUGAAGCUGUAGUUUUAUAUCUGUAAAUCUGUAUUGAAAAAAUGUAUUAAAAAAAGCAUAGAGCUACAAAGUUUCUUGCCUUAAUUUCUGUUUAUCACCAAUUUGCAUUAGUAUCUGACCUAAUGCUAUAUGUUCCAAUGAUUGCUUCUCCUAUGAGAAUAAAGCUAUUUUUGUUCAAUCUUA